AUGGAUGCAGCUGUUGCCGAGGACAGGAAGGAUAGCGGCGAUGGUGCCACUGCUUAUGACGGGAAGGAUAUCAUGGUUGGUGAUGGUGAUGGCGACAAAAACACGGCUACUAAUAGUACAGCGAGAACUGGGGAAACAGCUGUGGUCGAAAACGAGGGGAAAACUGAGGUUAACAGUCUAGACGAAACCAAGACGACGACUGAGGGGCCUACACAAACAGACUCUCCUUCAAGCGAGACCAUAAAUGUGGCAGCGUCCCCAGAUGAUUUUGAUCGCACAGGCGGUGUUAUACCCAUGCCAGCAAUAACAUCAGCUCCACAGCGGCAUUCUGUUCUCACGAUUCCAGGAGCCUAUGCUUCUGCACCUGGUAUGGAACUCCAGCGAGCUGACACCCUCGCCCGCUCAGUUGUUACCUCCAUGCAAGCAAAUCAUGAAACUGCUCCUGUUACGGAAAAUGAUAAUGGGUUAGCUGUGGCCAGCCCAGUCGAAGAAGCCAUUCCCCAUCAUCUCCUGCCACAGGCCCAUGGUGUCGAUGCAGAACAACAAGCUGAAAGAAACAACGCGCAAAGGACCAAUCAAACCAAUCCGUUUUUGAUUCUUGCGGUGGUCCUCCAAUUUGUCGUCAUUAUGAUCCUUGUUAUUGUUCUAGUCCCAGAAAAGAACAAGGGUUUGGAAGAGUCCACGACUAUUGGGACCGAAUCCAUGAAGACGGAAUCCCCAACUUCUCCCCCGACUUCUGCCCCUACAAUUCUUGCUGAUACAUGGGAUUUGCUUCCAGGAAGCACACUUUCUGCACUUGACGAUCCCAAUUCUGCUCAAGCCAGAGCUUAUGAUUGGGUUUUGACUGACCCCAACAGGACAUCCUAUCCCCAAUGGAAAAUACUGCAGCGUUUUGCUUUGGUUGUGUUCUACUACAGCACAGGAGGGGAAGCCUGGAAUCUCCAGGAGGAUUGGCUCAGCUAUAACGUGGAUGAGUGUUCCUGGUACUUCAGGAAUCUUUUGGGUGGUGCAACGAACUUUUUCUUCCAUGAAGGGCUACUCACUGAAGUGGGAUCGGAAAGUCAGUUUCAAGAUUCUGUCUGCAAUGCGGACGGACAGUACAUGCACUUGGUUUUCACAGAAAACAACAUGGUUGGAACUCUCCCACCAGAGCUCUCUUUGUUGAGUGACUCCUUACAGUACCUGGAAGCUGGGUCAAACGAAAAUCUCUAUGACUUGAUUCCAUCUGAGAUUGGUCUGCUGACCAACCUACGUACUUUCUCUUCAGACCGAAAUCAUCAUUCAGGCCAAAUCCCAACGGAGAUUGGACAGCUCUCCAAUCUUUUGCACCUAGAGCUGGGCCGAAAUCCAUUCACGGGUACAAUACCGAGUGAAAUUGGCAACUUGGACGUCAUGGACCAUCUAAGUUUGCGAUACUGUCCAGGCAUGUCAGGAACCCUUCCUACUGAGCUAUACAGGUUGACCAACAUGGUCACGUUAAGAGCAGAGGGUCUGUCAGGAAUUACCAGUGGAAAACUUCUCCCAGAGAUUGGCCAAAUGACAAAGUUGGAUUAUAUCAAUUUCCAUUCUAUGCCAUUCAAUAGUUCAAUUCCAACAGAAAUUGGAUUGCUCUCUAACUUGAGAAGGUUCAAUGUGUGGACCUGCCAAAUCACUGGAUCUCUUCCAAGUGAGUUUUCAAAAUUAACAAACCUGUGGAGAAUAGACAUUGACGACAAUUUGAUCACAGGCACAAUUCCGACAGAGCUUGGACUAUUUAAAGAUUUGAACAUGGUUUGGAUCAAUGGCAACAAGUUUUCUGGGACAUUGCCAGGCUCGAUCUUUGAGAGCUGGGGACAGCUGACAUAUCUCAAGAUGAACGACAACAAUCUGGAAGGCCCACUGCCAUCGCAGCUGGGCCUUUUGACUUCCCUGGAGCUCUUGUGGGCGUCUGGCAAUGCUUUUUCGGGGACCAUUCCAUCCGAGCUAGGGCUCUUGAACAAUGUGACUGAGCUGUUUCUCCAUGAGAACAAUCUGACUGGCAGAAUCCCUGAAAGCCUGACCAGUAUGGCUGCCCUGGAUCACCUUACUUUGUCCAACACCUCUCUUUCUGGUUCUAUUCCAGAUGGCCUUUGUGAAAAUGUGUGGGACAUGGCCUAUGUCUGUAAUGUUUACUUUGGGAUAAUUUCGAUUUGCUAUGAUGUGGAAAAAGUGAAGUUUACCUGCUCUUCCACCGAUCUAUGUGGAUGUGAUGCAUGUGGGGAGUGCAACUCUACCGGCAUCUAA